AAAAAAAAAAACUCAAAGCAUAAAAGCACAAACUCAUUUGUGAAUCAAAAGUGUUUGAUUUCAACACAUCUGACAAUACUAACCUUAUAUAUAUACAAAAAUAUUUAUACCCACAAGAAGAAAUUCCCUUUUUUUUUUGUUUCUUUAUUAUCUUGUUUGUUUUCUUAGAAUGACAGAGUCAAAUAUAUACUACUAUAUUCUUCAUUUCAUAUUAGUAUGUGGGUGUAAUAACAAUUUUCAAGAAAAGGAAAGCUUUUUGAUGUGUUGUUGUGUUCAUAGGUUCUUUCUGUUGUUCUUUAAUUUCAUUUGUUUGUUUCUUUCUUAUACUAUUUGUAUAUUAGUAGUAAGUAGUACUACCAACAGUAUAUCAAAUUCAAGAAAGAGUUAUUUAUUAUCAAAAUCUAACCACACAUCUCAAUCAAAGUACUUACAUAGGUUGCUACUCUUCUUUUUUACUUUUUGGGGGCGAGUGAGAGAGAGAGAGAGAAUUAAAAGAUAAUGCUUUCAGUUGUAGUAAUAUACUUUGUGGGUGUGUUUAAUUUUCUGUCUUUUCGUCAAUACCAAAAGCAACAACCCCCAAAUUUUUCCUCUUUCUCUUUCUAUCUAUCUUAGCUCUAACCCUAAUUUAGAGAGAGAAGUUCAAAAAAAAAAAAAAGGAGAGAUUUUGAUGUCUUCUAAUGGUGGGUCAUGGUAUUUUCUAGUAUGUUUUUGAUCAUUUGGAAGGUUAAUUUAUUUGGGGUUAAGUUAAAAAUUUAAUCUUGGUGGUGGAAAUGGAGUCUGAUGGUGGUGGAAAUGGAGAAAGUGCUAGUGCUGCUGUUGCUACUACUGGUGUUGUUGGUGGAAGUUGUGAUGUGGAGAAAAAGAAGGUACUAGAAGGGGAGCCUAAGGUUAAGAGGAAAAUGAAAACUGCUUCUCAGUUGGAGAUUCUUGAAAAGACUUAUGCUACUGAUACUUAUCCUUCAGAAGCAUUGAGAGCAGAGUUGUCUGUAAAAUUAGGCCUAUCUGAUAGGCAACUGCAGAUGUGGUUCUGCCAUAGGAGGCUCAAGGACAGGAAAGCUACUACGCCAGUGAAGCGGCAGAAGAAGGAAGCUUCACCUGGUGGACAAGGGGAUGAGCUGGCAGUGAGUGGUGAAAUUGGGAAGGAGCAUCAUGCUUCUGGUUCUGGUUCCAGAGUAAGUCCGCUUGGUCUCAUGGACUUACAGCAGGUGCAGGUGCAGGUGCAACUACAGCACCACCAGCGCGUUGUUCAUCGACCAGGAACUGCAGUGCCUAGGUUUAGUAGAACUGAAAUGCCAGCUUUGAAGAGAUAUUAUGAGCCACCUCAAGCCAUAUCCGAGCUUCGGGCAAUCGCAUUUGUCGAAGCACAGUUGGGGGAGCCAUUAAGGGAAGACGGACCUAUUCUUGGAAUGGAGUUUGAUCCCUUGCCACCCGGUGCAUUUGGUGCACCAAUUGUGGCAGCCAUGCAGCACAAGCCAGCUGGACGGCCUUUUGAGGCUCAAAUCUAUGAGAGACCAGAUGUUAGUUCAAUCAAGGGUACUACAAGGACUUUGCGUGAGUACCAGUUUCUUCCGGAGCAGCCAUCAAUUAGAAGCGAUAGCUAUGAACAACCCGUACCAUCUCAUUAUUACAGUUCUACUGAAGUUCAGAGCACCAGAACCAUGUUAUCAACUGGGAGGUCAUUUAUGCCUGGGAGUGAGCAAGUUGCCUCUGCAUACAGUAUUCCUGGUCAGAUCCCAACUUUAAAUCUUCUGCCUCAAGGGAGGCCAGGUCACAUAUCUCCAGCUUCUGCUGAGGCUGAGGCUGUUCCACAAAGAUCUCUUGUGAACGUAGAAGUAGAGGCUAAUUAUAGUGGUCAGCCAAUGAUGGCGUUGGAGAGUCCAUUUAUGCCUUCUGAUAAAAGAGUCAUCCAUGAUGAGGAACGGUUGGAGAGAAAGCGAAAGAGUGAAGAGGCGAGAAUUGCAAGGGAAGUAGAGGCCCAUGAGAAAAGGAUCCGGAAAGAGCUUGAGAAGCAAGACAUAUUACGAAGAAAGAGAGAAGAGCAAAUGAGGAAAGAUAUGGAAAGACAAGACAGGGAAAGGCGGAAAGAGGAAGAAAGGCUGCUCCGCGAAAAGCUGCGUGAGGAAGAGAGGUUACAGCGUGAGCAUAGGCGUGAGAUGGAACGAAGAGAGAAGUUUUUGCAGAAAGAGACUAUCAAAGCUGAGAAAAUGAGGCUUAGAGAAGAAAUGCGCCGAGAGAAGGAGGUUGCAAGGCUUAAAGCUGCUAAUGUAAGGGCUACUGCCCGAAGAAUAGCGAAAGAAUCAACAGAAUUAAUUGAUGAUGAACGUCUGGAAUUGAUGGAGCUAGCAGCCUCAAAGAAGGGUUUGCCCUCAACAUUGUCUCUAGACAGUGAAACUCUACAAAAUCUAGAAGCAUUUAGAGAUAUGCUCAAUGAAUUUCCACCAAAGAAUGUCUGCUUGAGAAAGCCAUUUGGACUUGAGCCAUGGAUAUGCUCAGAGGAGGACGUAGGUGAUCUUUUAAUGGUUUGGAGAUUCUUAAUUACUUUUUCUGAUGUUCUCCAUCUCUGGCCAUUCACUCUGGAUGAGUUUGUACAAGCAUUUCACGAUUAUGAUCCAAGGCUGCUUGCAGAGAUACAUAUUGCUCUUCUCAAAUUGAUAAUAAAAGACAUUGAAGAUGUUGCUAGAACACCUGCCAGUGCAGUAGGAGCAAACCCAAACAGUGGAGCGAAUCCUGGAGGCGGACAUUCUUAUAUUGUUGAAGGGGCAUAUGCAUGGGGUUUUGACAUAAGAAGUUGGCAGAGCCACUUGAAUGCCCUGACGUGGCCUGAAAUACUGCGGCAAUUUGCACUCUCUGCUGGUUUUGGGCCGAAGCUAAAGAAACAACAUGUUGAAUCAGCUUAUCCACGGGAUGAAAAUGAGUGUAAUAAUGGGGCAGAUACCAUUUCCACCUUACGUAGUGGAGUUGCUGCUGCGAAAGCAGUUGCCAAAAUGAAAGAGAGAGGUUUCUCUAAUCCGCGAUCUAGGCAUCGAUUGACACCUGGAACAGUCAAAUUUGCAGCAUUUCACGUUCUUUCACUUGAGGGAAGUAAGGGCCUUAAUAUCCUCGACGUUGCUGAAAAGAUUCAGAAAUCUGGUCUUCGGGAUCUGACAACCAGCAAGACACCUGAAGCAUCUAUUUCUGCUGCAUUAUCGAGGGAUACAAAGCUUUUCGAGAGAACAGCUCCUUCAACAUAUUGUGUACGUGAUCCUUACAGGAAAGAUCCUGCUGAUGCUGAUGCCAUUCUUUCCGCAGCUAGGGAAAAAAUUCGACUUUUUAAAAAUGAAUACGUGAAUGGAGAAGAAGCAGAGGAUGUUGAGAAAGAGGUUGAAAGGGAUGAUGAGUCUGGAAGUGAUGCUGCUGACGAUCCUGAAGUUGAUGAUUUAGUCUCCGAGUUAAAAUUUGCGGAGACUCCUGAAUCCCAUAUAACCGACAGAACUGAUGGCAGGAAUUCUAGUUUUGACUUGACACGGACACCAGAAGAUCUUAAUAUGCAGAAUUCAUCCGGAAUAAUGCAUUCAGAAAACUUCAGGGAGUUAAAACCUGUAGGAACUUCUGGUGAUCAAUCAGCUGCAAGUGGUGUUGAUGCAAGUAAUCUCGAUCAAGAAGAUACAGUCAUUGAUGAAAGCAAUGCUGGUCAAAAAUGGGUUCAAGGGCUUAUGGAAGGGGAGUAUUCUGGUAUCACUGUUGAAGAGCGCCUUCAUGCCCUUGUUGCCUUGAUUGGUGUUGCAAAUGAGGGGAAUUCUGUUCGCCUUGUAUUAGAGGAGCGACUGGAAGCUGCAUCUGCAUUGAAGAAGCAGAUUUGGGCUGAGGCACAGCUCGAUAAACGUCGUUUCAAAGAGGAUUUCUUACUGAAGGUACAAUAUCCAUUGGUUAGAAACAACGCUGAACAGUUCUGCUCAGUUACUUCCGUGGAGGCUAGGCAAAGUCCAUUGCUUGCUGUUGGUGGCCAUAGUGAGGUGGCAGACAGACCUUUACUUCAGCAGGAACCCAUGCAUAAAUUGCCAGAUGAACCUAAUAAUCCUAGUGGUGUUGCUGUAGAGAAGACUUCCCCAAUGCCAGAGAUUUGUGGAGGUCAGGAUAAUUCGCAGCUUCAGCAUUUUGCAUAUGUUGCUGAAAAGUCGCGUUCCCAGCUGAAAGCUUAUAUUGGCCAUAGGGCGGAAGAGACAUUUGUUUAUCGGUCUCUGCCCCUUGGUCAAGAUCGCAGACGUAACCGGUAUUGGCAGUUUAUCACGUCACCCUCUCGAAAUGAUCCAGGCUCUGGCAGGAUUUUUGUUGAGUUACGUGAUGGUAGAUGGAGGCUAAUUGAUUCUGAAAAGGAUUUCAAUGCUUUAAUGGCUUCUUUGGAUAUUCGUGGAACUAGAGAAUCUCAUUUGCAUUCAAUGCUUCAAAAUAUUGAAGCAACUUUCAAGGAAACUGCUAGGAGGCAUAAGUACACUGAAGGACAACUUGGAAACUCCGUCAAAGAGGAUACUUCUGAAACAGUACCUAGCAAUGAUUGCUGUUCAAAUACUGGUAGCUAUAAGAGCACAAUCUGUAUCUCAAACCGCGAAACACCAGAACCUUCAACUUCCUUUCUUAUUGGGCUUGGGAGUAACAAAAAGGAGAACACUGAUGCCUUGACGAGAUAUGCAGAUCUAGAGAAGUGGAUGUGGGAAGAAUGUGCUGAUUCCCAGUUUCUAUGUGCAAGGAAGUAUGGAAGGAUGAGAUGUGAAAAGUUGAUCAGUAUUUGUAAUAAUUGCCAUGACACAUACUUCUUGGAAGAUAACCACUGUCCUUGUUGUCAUAGGACAUUCAGUCCAGCAAAGAGUUCAUAUUUUAUGGAGCAUGUAGCUCAAUGCAAAGAUAAAUUGGAGGAUCUAUUUUGGCCUCUGUGUAUCUUGGACUCGUCACCUCCUCUUCGAAUUAGAUUGCUAAUAGCGCAGUUAGCUUCAGUGGAGGCCUGUAUUCCUCCUGAAGCUCUUCAGCCUGUUUGGUCAGAAGUAUAUCGAAGAUCUUGGGGUUCAAAGUUGCAUAAUGCUUCAGCUGCUGGUGACCUCCUUCAGAUUCUGACAUUAUUGGAAGGUGCUAUCAAGAGGGAAUAUUUAAUAUCAAAUUAUGAAACUACAAAUGAGUUGUUGGGUGCUGUUAGCAACUCCAAUCUUGACGGGAUGGUGGUGUUACCUUGGGUACCUCACACAACAUCUGCUGUUGCACUAAGGCUUAUGGAACUUGAUUCCUCCAUCUGUUAUACGCAGCAGCAGAGAACUAAUUCUCUGAAAGAUAAAGAAUCUGCAGAUUUCAUUACGCUUAAAACAAAUUAUGCUGACAUGAAGAGAGCGGGGGUUAUAUCUGCUGAAGCUCGUGAAUAUGAAAAGCUAGAAACUGACUUUUCGGGUAAGGUAGGAGGUGGACAUGCUAAUUCAGGACAGGGGCGUAAUCGUGUAAGAGGAGGAGCUCAUUGUCAUGUCCGUGGAGGCAAAUCUCAGAGAAAAGUCGAUGCAUCCAGAUCUGAAUCUGCCCAGAGAAGUUCAACAAAGAAUAGCGACAGAUUUGGCCACCUUUCUGCCUGGAAAGGUCGAGAUCGUGGCAAAGGAAAACGUAAAAGAGGCCGUCGCUCAGUUCGUAAUAGACAAAAGCCAGUCAAGAUUAAGGAAGAAGUUACUGUAGAAGAAGUGCCCAUCUCCAUUCAGCAAGAUUGGAACGAAGUUGAAGAUGGAGAAACACCUCAAUUUGAGGCGCCUGAUAAUGACAGCGAUUCUGCAACAUCAGGAACUGAAGAUAAAGGUCAAGCAACCGUUGAUUAUGAAGACUUAAUGGUUGAUGACUACGGUUCUUUCAGUGGUAGAACUGAUCAUGCGUCCACCAGUGUUAGUUACAGCAUUGGCCGACAUUAUACUGAACCUGCUGAAGAUGGAGAUGAUGUCGAUGAUGAAGAGGAUGAGGAAGAUGGAUUGGCCAAUGAAAAUGUUCAAAGAUACUUUGAUGGCGAGUCUGAGGAAGAGGGGAAUAGAUUUAUGGAUGGAGAACUUGUUGAAAACCCAAAUAAAGAUUCAGAAUCAUCGUCUGAGUAUAGCGAUUGACAACAGUUCAUGAGCGCUGCACUUGUCCGCUACUUAGGUUAAACCCAAAAGGGUAUUUCCUCCUCAUGAGCGCUGAAGAGAGGAAGGUUGAUGGAUAAAUUGUCGACAUGUCCUACAUCAGCGCUCGUGUUGAAAAGGCGACAAUAAUGUUGUGAAAGCAUCAUUAGUGCUAUUCCAACUGUUAAUAGUUAGCAUCCAACUUGAAAAUAGUACAGUGCUCCUCCUUACACUAACAUAUGUCUUACAGCGCGUGUAAUCUAAUAUGGCAAUAUAUUUGUCGUUCUUUUGAUGUGCA